AUGACAACGUAUGAGGAUUUCAUUCAACAAAACGAAGAUCGCGAUGGGGUUCGUUUUACUUGGAAUGUUUGGCCAUCGUCACGUAUUGAUGCUACUAGGCUUGUUGUACCUCUAGGAACUCUUUACCAGCCUAUUAAAGAACGCCCUGAUUUACCACCUAUUCAAUAUGAUCCAGUUUUGUGUACUAGAUCUACGUGCAGAGCAAUUUUAAAUCCAUUAUGUCAAGUAGAUUACCGUGCAAAACUAUGGGUGUGCAAUUUAUGUUUUGGAAGGAACCCUUUUCCACCUCAAUAUUCAGCUAUUUCGGAGCAACAUCAACCGGCAGAACUAAUUCCUAUGUUUUCAACAAUAGAGUAUACUAUAAUGAGAGCACAGUGCCUUCCUCCUAUCUUUUUACUUGUUGUUGAUACAUGCAUGGAUGAGGAAGAAUUGGGUGCUCUUAAGGAUUCACUUCAGAUGUCUUUAUCUUUGCUUCCACCUAAUGCUAUGAUUGGUCUUAUUACUUUUGGAAGGAUGGUCCAAGUGCAUGAGUUAGGUUGCGAAGGAUGCAGUAAAAGCUAUGUGUUCCGUGGUACUAAAGAUUUGCAGCCAAAGCAGGUUCAAGAUAUGCUUGGUAUUGGUAGACCAAUACCUGGUCAAAAUCCAAAUCAACAGAGAGGUACCGGCGGACAACCAUUACCACCAGCUAAUCGUUUUUUACAACCAGUGCAUAAAUGUGACAUGAGUUUAACAGAUUUACUUGGAGAAUUGCAACGUGAUCCUUGGCCAGUUGGACCUGGAAAACGUCCAUUGCGUUCAACUGGCAUGGCAUUAGCUGUAGCUACAGGACUUUUGGAAGCUAGUUAUGCAAACACUGGGGCUAGAAUAAUGCUUUUUGUUGGUGGACCAUGUUCUCAAGGCCCUGGCCAAGUUGUAACAGAUGAUCUUCGUCAACCUAUUAGAUCGCAUCAUGACAUUCAAAAAGAUAAUGCAAAGCAUAUAAAGAAAGCUACUAAACAUUAUGAUGGUCUUGCUUCUCGUGCUGCAACUAAUGGUCAUAUAAUUGAUAUUUAUUCAUGCGCUCUUGAUCAAACUGGAUUAUUAGAAAUGAGACAAUGUUGUAAUUCAACGGGAGGACAUAUGGUAAUGGGAGAUUCAUUUAACUCGUCGCUUUUCAAACAAACAUUCCAACGAGUGUUCACAAAGGAUGCUAAAGGUGAUCUAAAAAUGGCAUUUAAUGCUACUUUGGAAGUUAAAACAUCGAGAGAACUUAAGGUUUCCGGUGCUAUUGGUCCGUGCGUUUCUUUGGGUAUAAAGGGCUCUAGUGUAGGAGAACAAGAAGUUGGUUUAGGUGGUACAUGUCAGUGGAAAUUCUGUUCUUUGACACCAUCGACUACAACAGCAAUUUUCUUUGAAGUUGUAAAUCAACAUACUGCACCAAUUCCGCAAGGUGGAAGAGGUUGCAUUCAAUUUAUUACACAAUACCAACAUAGUAGCGGUCAACGAAGAAUUAGAGUUACAACUAUAGCUAGAAAUUGGGCAGAUGCAUCUACAUCGUUACAUCAUGUAAGUGCAGGUUUUGAUCAAGAAGCAGCUGCAGUUCUUAUGUCACGUUUAGCCAUUUUUAAAGCUGAAAGUGAUGAUGGCCCUGAUGUUCUAAGAUGGGUGGACAGAAUGCUUAUAAGACUUUGCCAGAAGUUUGGUGAAUAUUCUAAAGAUGAUCCAAAUAGUUUUAGACUCGCAGAGAACUUUUCAUUAUAUCCGCAGUUUAUGUAUCAUUUACGUAGAUCUCAAUUUUUACAAGUAUUUAACAAUUCACCAGACGAAACAAGUUUUUAUAGGCAUAUGCUAAUGCGUGAGGAUUUGACAAAUUCUUUGAUAAUGGUACAACCCAUUUUAUAUAGCUAUGGGUUUAGUGGUCCACCUGAACCUGUGUUACUUGAUACUUCAUCAAUUCAACCGGAUAGAAUUUUAUUGAUGGAUACAUUUUUCCAAAUACUCAUAUUUCAUGGAGAAAUAAUAGUACAAUGGCGACAGUUAAAAUUUCAAGAUUUACCAGAAUAUGAGAAUUUCCGUCAGUUAUUAGCAGCACCAGUAGAUGAUGCUGCUGAAAUACUUAGUGGAAGAUUUCCGGCACCUAGAUAUAUUGAUACAGAACACGGAGGCUCACAAGCUAGAUUCUUGUUGAGCAAAGUAAAUCCCAGUCAAACUCAUAAUAACAUGUAUGCCUAUGGAGCGGAAAGUGGAGCUCCUGUUUUAACUGAUGAUGUCAGUUUGCAAGUAUUUAUGGAACAUUUAAAAAAGUUGGCUGUUUCUUCUACAGCAUAAUUCUUACAUAGAUAUCUGUAUAAUUAUCGGUCUCUAUACAUAAAAUUUUUUCUAGCUAUUAUUAGGAAUUAUUAAUUUUUUAUAUUUGGAUGAUUAUCAAAUAUAUUAAUAUAUAAAAUUUUGUAAAUGUAUCUAAAGAUUUUCAAGAAACAUGCAAUUUAUUUAAAACUUAAAUGUAUACAGUAAUUCACACAAUGUAUUUUUCUGCAUUUUGGUUUUAAGAUCAGUGAUUGUUGA